CCGCUAUUGGGUGGUCGGGAAAGAGGGCACGGUAUUUUGGCUACUAUUGGAGAAACUUGAGAAACUAUACCGUUUACUGUAUAUUCUCAGGUACAGCAAAGAAGAGACGCACGCGUUCGCUCACGCCGGACUCGAAAUGGCCCUUGUCUCUGAUACUGCGCGAAUGAAAUUCAGCGACCUAUGGGAGGAAGUUCAGCUUAGCGCUUUACUUGCUGUUGAAGAAAGAUUUCUGGAAGAAUGGAUGUUGAGCAGAAUCGUCUGUACAGGUGACAGUGUUCACAAAGUAUGUUCUCCUUGGCUCUUCGCACACUAUCUUUGGUCCCCCAUCAAAGUCUUCGCCGCGCUGGGCCAGCGGAUGCUGCAGCUGAAUUAUGCCAUCACGUUACUUCCCACGGUCGCUUUUAUCUUGUUGCUUCUCCCAAUGGUUUCAAAAUCAGCGUGGGGACCCAUGUGGUCCCUUGUGGUCAACUUUCUUCAUCGCCUAUUAGACUGUUGACGAGUUUCGCAAAAGACACGACGCCGUACGACCGUUUCUACAAUACGGCGGAUUUGCAAUGGAUUCGAUUCGCUGUGUGCACUACUUGUGUCGUAUCUGCGGGGUUAUCUUAGUAUCUCAGAUUGAAUAUUUCUUCGGG